AAAUGUUAGGUCAAGAGGAAGAAAGAAAACGAAUUCAAGAGUUACUCUCAAGCAUCUAGAAUUUUCUGCACCUCUUGAAGAGAGACUAGCCCAGCUCUGACUAUUACAAGCUGGACUUUCCUCUUAAAGCACAACCUUCAUUUAAGCCUUUGGAUAAAACUGGAGGAAAAGAAUCUGUGAGUACUGUGGACUGCACAGAAGGCAGGGGGCUGAAAACUGGCAAUAAAAACAGAAAGAUGGCAGACCCGAGGCCCAGCAGUCAAGCAGACCCUGAAAUUGAGCUUUUUGUGAAGGCUGGAAGUGAUGGGGAGAGUAUUGGAAACUGUCCCUUUUGCCAACGCCUUUUUAUGAUCCUCUGGCUUAAAGGAGUUAAAUUCAAUGUGACUACUGUUGACAUGACCAGAAAGCCUGAAGAGCUGAAGGACUUAGCCCCAGGCACCAAUCCUCCCUUCCUGAUAUAUAACAAGGAGUUGAAAACAGACUUCAUUAAAAUUGAGGAGUUCCUAGAGCACACACUGGCUCCUCCAAGGUAUCCUCACCUGAGUCCCAAGAACAAGGAGUCUUUUGACGUGGGCUGUAACCUCUUUGCCAAGUUUUCUGCAUACAUUAAGAAUGCACAAAAGGAGGCAAAUAAGAAUUUUGAAAAAUCUCUGCUCAAAGAAUUUAAGCGUCUGGAUGACUACUUGAACACCCCACUUCUAGAUGAAAUUGAUGCAGAUAGUGCUGAGGAACUCACAGUUUCCAGAAGAUUGUUCUUGGAUGGGGAUCAGCUGACACUGGCUGACUGCAGUUUGUUACCCAAACUGAACAUUAUUAAAGUUGCUGCAAAGAAAUAUCGUGAUUUCGACAUUCCAGGAGAAUUCUCAGGAGUCUGGCGCUAUCUCCACAAUGCCUAUGCCCGUGAAGAAUUUACCCACACGUGUCCUGAAGACAAAGAAAUUGAAAAUACCUAUGCAAGUGUGGCUAAGCAAAAGAGUUAGGACAGCUCUUUCAGUAGAACAACCUCUCUUUUCACUUGUUAUCAUAUUAGAAAAUCUUUUGGAAAUAAGAAUAUGGAAAAUAUGGUUUCCUCUAUCCAACUUUCUUAUGAAAAAGAAUGCUAUAUUUUCUGUAUCUAGUUAAUCCAAACUAUCUGCUCACUGUGUAUUUUAAAGGUCUUUAUAUUUUCA